CCCUCCCAAGCCGCCCUCGCCCAGAAUUUCAGGCUCUGAAGAACUCCAGAAAGUGAAACUAAUUCUGGUAAUGCAUGUCUUUACUGAUAGAAAACCUGAAGUUGUUUUUUUUUUUUGCUGUGAAAGCUAGAAAACUGGAAAAUGUUCAAAAAUCACUAUCAGGGUGGCCCAUCUGUUGAAAUAUUCAGUGCUCAAGGCAAAAACCCAGGAGCAAAAUGGAGGAUUUUUGGUAAUCCAUCAGCUAUUCGGAAAGAAUACGAUAAAGAAACAAAGGGCUUUGUUUUUGUACUUGAAGGAAGCAGUCAAUUAAACAGAAUGCAGCUACCAAAGGAAACCAGACAAACUCUGGGACUGAUUCAACCAUUCCUGACACUUCAGAUUUUGGUGCCAUUGGGACAAGACUUCUCCACUGAGUUACUGAUAACUGAUUUAGGAAAUAUUAAAAGAAGAUUAUAUUUAUCAACAGUCCACAAGGAGUUGUCUGUAACCCCUCUGCAUGCAAAAAUUCCUCUGUUUAUGAUCAGGCGCAAAAUAUGGUGCAACUUGUGUAUUGACCUGGUAGCAUUCACCAGUGAAAUAUUCAGAGGAGCCAUCUUCCAGUCCUUGGAUGGAAUUAUUAUUUCUGCUAACUGUAAGCUGAGGAAGAUCUUCACGUUAAAAUCCAAGCCUCAAGAUACAGCUGAAGAAACUGAUACGUGCCUUGUGCCAUUUACUCCAGGUGAGCCCACAGGUGUUAUGCCUCGAUCCUGCCAGCUAAAUCCAGACGUGCCACAAGUUACACAAUUGCUGAACUUGGCUAAAAUUCACAAGCCAGAAAUAAAAUGCAGGAGUUCUCCAGUAACAAUGCAAGAAACAGCUCGCUUGGUUAAUAGAAGACAAGGCAAUAAGAACAGCAGUAAAACUCAGGAUGUGUCACAUAUUGCAUUUGGAUCCAAGAUACUUGGACCACCUCCAUCUUCAAACAGAAGAGUCAGCACAAGGGUAUCUGCAGAGGUAACGAAGACUGUGGGUAGCAAAAGUAAUAGAUCAUACCAACUUCAAAGUUCAGGAAAAAGAAGUGAAUCCCUACAAAACACCGAGAGACUGGAGGUGUCGUUCUCACCAUGCAGUGAUUCUUUAGGUCAAGAAGAUAAAAGAAAUACUCACCAAGCAGCUAAAGAUGUUCAUCAAAAUGAUUCUGCAAUUCAGACUCAGAAUACCUCUGAGAAUGGAAGAACAGAUUUUCAGCUCCCCUCACCACAAGAUCCAUCAACAGACAAGAACAGUCAUAGAAGAUUAUGUCUAAAAAAUGCAGACAAAAACACAUGGGAGAUAACCACUGGUGAGUGUGACACAAUAUUAAGCGACCAAAGAGAGAACCCUGCUCUCCUAUCCUUUGGCAAACCUGUAGUUGUUGAUCAAAACAAAAGGCCAUUGGAUUUACACAAAAAAGAUGAAUGGGUGUUUCCAGAAAGUUUCACUGAGAACAUGCAGUUGGAUGGGAGCAAGCAGCACGCAGCCACUCAAGAUUCAGCUUGCUGUGAUGUAACCUCACCAGAGAUCACCUCUAUUGAACAUCAGCACAAUGAAAUGGGUGAUCACAACAUGAAUCAUAAAGAGAUUUUCACGUUUUCAUCAAGACCUCGAUCAGCUCCUCAUGGGAAAUCCCCAAAUAUAUCACCAGAACACUGUAUUUUCCCUCUGGAUUUGAAGCAAGACAGUAACCACAUCCAGGGGGAAACCCAAACUGAAGAUAACUUUAAAGGAACUGACAGUAGUGAAGAGGACAACAACAGCGACUUCAUCCAGAGUACUGAGAACCUUGAGAUCAGCAGCAGCAGCCAAGGAACGCCUGAUUCAGCAGUUUUUAAAGACAACACAUUAAAGAGGAUAUCACAGAGAAAUGAAAACUGGAAGAACAUGGGAUGCAGCAAACAAAACCUCGAGGAAAGCAUGGCGUCAAAACCACAGAGUUCUGCUGGGCGAAAGAUGGAACCCGUCGGCAAUCAGAGAACCUUAAAGCCUACUUUUUCUCUUUCUCCAACUGGAAGUAAAACCGAAUUCUUUAAAGUCAUUCCAGAUGUGUCUGAAAAAAUUGAAAAAUCUGAGGGAGUUUCUGGUCAAAUGAAGUCAUCAGUCAGCAAAAACUCCCUCAAGAAAGUCUCAAGGGAAAAUUUGUGUGUGACAACACAGACUUGCGAGUAUGACUGGAAGAACUACCAGUCAAGCAGACUGAGUGCAUCCGAACUGCAGAUGCUGGCUAGCAUGAAGAGGCAACAAAGUGAAGAAUUGAAGGAUACAGGAACCUCACAUGGGUUGAGUGCAUCACAGAUAGACAACUGUAACGUUAACAUGAGUACAAGCAGUGAUGAUACAACAACCUGGAAUUCUUGUUUCCCACCACCCGUCAGUCAGGAGCAUCACUAUCAGAAAGAAAUGAGCCCACUUUCACAUUCCAACCCACGAGACUGGCUGGAUGCAUUCAGUCCCCCCAUCACUCCUGCAAGCCAGAAAUUGGAAGAGCACAUAAAAUCUUCACCAAAUCAGAGUAUUCCAGGUGAAGAUGACCUCAAUGCUGAAGAAGACGAGGAAGUCCUGACUCUUUUGUAUGAUCCGUGUCUGAACUGUUACUUUGACCCAAAUUCUGGGAAGUACUAUGAAUUGGCAUAGUCAGCUCAAGAGGGCACACUGUUCUGUAUUCAGAAUAGACUUAUCUUUUAACUGUUUUUGAAGUGUGACUGGGCUGCAUAAUUUAUCAUGUAAUUUAAAUCUUGAAGUAACCAGUAGUUUUGCAAACAAAUGAAUAUAUUUUGUACAUAGUGUCUUAUUUUUAUAGUUUCACAUUAAGUUGUACUGCAGUGGAAAAUCACGUAGCGUGGAGGUUCCAGUGGGUAAGACAUUUAUUUGUUAGUGUCAUUUAUUUCCAGCAUUCAAAGCUUUUACGUGGGAAUGAAUGCAGGUGAAUCAAGAGCCUCUGUGGUAGUCAU